AACAUUAUUCUGCUCUACUGGUGGUUACCUCGCCAGUUAGAGAGAUCGAUCCGAUGUCUUAUUUACCGACCGUCAUUGUUUGUACUCAUAAUGUGGUAGUUAGCUCAAGCAAAAUCAUGUGAUCUAUAAUAUGGCGGAUAUUUGUCAUGCCUGAACUGAAACUUGGUUGUUUGGUUUCCAGCACUGAAAACAAAACAAUAUAAAGCAUUCACAUUAUUUGUUCAAAUUGAACAUUAUAAAAAAGCUUACAUCUAAUAAAUAUUCCAUAAGUAAAGAUGAUUUAUUGUGAAUGACAAUGUCAAUUCGUGAAGUUAAAGUGUGUUUACUAGGGGAAUCUGGAGUUGGAAAGUCCAGCAUUGUUAUGAGAUUUGUGACUGAUUCCUUCAAACCAGCUUUAGAAAGUACUAUAGGGGCUUCUUUUAUGAGUAAGAAGAUUGCAGUUGAUGAUCAACACUAUGCUUUUCAAAUAUGGGACACUGCUGGUCAAGAAAAGUAUAGAUCCCUAGCUCCCAUGUAUUAUAGAGGUGCUGCAGCAGCCAUUGUUGUUUAUGAUGUAUCAAGGGAUUCAACGUUCAAAACAGUGAAAGAUUGGAUCAAUGAAUUGAAGAAAAAUGCAUCCCAUAAUAUUAUACUGGCCAUUGCUGGAAACAAGUGUGAUCUGGAAGAUCUGAGAGAAGUUAGCAAACGGGAUGCAGAAGAGUAUGCAAGUCUAAUCAAUGCAAUAUUUAUAGAGACCAGUGCUCUGACAGCUGUCAAUGUUCCUGAACUUUUUAUGAAAAUAGCUAGAAGUCUUCCAAAGGAUGAUAUAUAUUCCCCUAGAACUACAAGUACAUUGAAUCUCAGAUAUACACAAUCAAAGCCAAAAACCGGUUGUUGUGGAGGUCAGAAUUCACCGUCAUGACCUACUGUGAUAUAUAGGUUAGGAAUAUUUAUAUGUUAACACAUUUUGUUUUUGUUAUCAAAUUGCUAGUUAGCAUUAGAGGAUAAUAAUUAUAUUUUUUCAUGGUUGUAGAACAAUUGACAUAAUUUCAUGACAUUAAUCUUAAAGGUCAUUGGUCUAUUUAAAAGAUGUUUAAAAAAAAUAAAAAAGGGUUCUUAUUGUAUGGGGAAAUAGUUUAUAGAUCCAUUUUGGAAUCAAAUAAGUGUUUCUUUGUGCUCUCCUGAUCUUUUUAUUUUUUUUCUUCCAAAUUUUGGGUCUGUGGCUGUUUCCCUCAACAAAACAAUUUUUUGUUCAUUCUUUAAAAAUCUCACUAAUAAAUGCACGCAAUAAUUUCUGAAUUUACAGUAUUUGAUUUGAUAAAUCUUUGUUAUAUUGUUUGGAAUCGAUAUACAUGGUUUGAAUA